GAGCGCGAGCGCGGGCGCGGGGGGGGCGGAGCUCGGCGCAAACUGGGAAGGGGUUACCGCGGCUCCCCCUCCGGGAGUUGGGGGAGCCUUGGGACCCUGCUGGGCUGGGGCCCGGGCGCGUGUGCCGCGCUUCCUCAGGGGCAGAGUCAGCCGCGGUCGGAGGCGACAUGAGUGCCGCGGGGCUGCUGGCUCCGGCGCCGGCCCCGGCUGGAGCGCCGCCGGCCCCGGAGUACUACCCGGAGGAGGAUGAGGAGCUGGAGAGCGCCGAGGACGACGAGCGCAGCUGUCGGGGCCGCGAGUCGGACGAGGGAUGUAUCAGGACAAACUGGCUUCUCUCAAGAGGCAGCUGCAACAACUGCAAGAAGGUACAUUACAGGAAUAUCAGAAGAGAAUGAAAAAGCUGGAUCAGCAGUACAAGGAGAGGAUCCGAAAUGCAGAACUCUUCCUCCAGCUGGAAACUGAACAAGUGGAAAGAAAUUACAUUAAAGAAAAGAAAGCAGCAGUGAAAGAAUUUGAAGAUAAGAAGGUUGAAUUGAAAGAGAACCUGAUUGCUGAGCUAGAAGAAAAGAAGAAAAUGAUUGAAAAUGAAAAGCUGACCAUGGAACUGACAGGAGAUUCUAUGGAAGUGAAACCCAUCAUGACCAGAAAGUUGCGGAGGCGACCAAAUGAUCCUGUCCCCAUCCCAGACAAGAGGAGAAAACCUGCUCCUGCUCAGCUAAACUAUUUGCUAACUGAUGAGCAGAUCAUGGAGGAUCUGAGAACAUUAAAUAAGCUUAAGUCACCCAAGAGACCAGCAUCCCCAUCUUCUCCUGAACACUUACCUGCCACACCUGCGGAGUCUCCAGCCCAGAGAUUGGAGGCUCGGAUAGAAGAUGGCAAGCUGUACUAUGAUAAGAGAUGGUACCACAAGAGCCAGGCCAUCUAUCUGGAGUCAAAGGACAACCAGAAACUGAGCUGCGUGAUCAGCUCAGUUGGAGCCAAUGAGAUCUGGGUGAGGAAGACAAGUGACAGCACCAAGAUGAGGAUCUAUCUGGGCCAGCUUCAGCGUGGGCUCUUUGUAAUCCGCCGGCGAAAAUUUUUGACUUACCGGGAAUAACUACUUGGCCUUGGAAGUGGAGAGCACUGUUGUGGAUUCCGCAAGGCACUUUUGUGGCUGGCCACAUCCAUCUUUGUGUCCUUCUUUCCUGCCUCGACUCCUUCUAGACAUCCGUCACGAUGGACUCUUACUUUCAGGAGUAUUGGGGGUUUGAUUUAUUUUAUUUCUUUGUUUUUUGCUUAGGCUUUCUUUUUGAAACCUCCUUUGAGCUGGAAGGGACAAGGCUUUUUGUUAAUUAUCUUUUGGUCUUUCUCCUGUGAAAAGAGCAGGAAGGAAUACACUUUGUGGUGCAUUUUCAUGUUUUGAAUCUGAUUAGUGGAUCACAUAGCUGCUUCCCUUGUCAAGCCCAAUUCACGGUUUUCCCAGCAGCUUGGGGCAGAGGUCCCAGCAGAAGGAGAUUAAUUCUCCUGGCUCAAAGCCUUCUCGGGGAAAUAGAUGCCUUAUGUAACAUCUGGCACACACCACCCAUUCCCCUGGCUGAAUGACAGGAGACUGUGCUCUGCAACAAAUGGAGCUGGGGUAGGGGACAUUUCAUAUUCAUAAUGUGCUGAAGUUACCAUAUUUUAAAUGUUAUUUAAUGCUGGUGAUGUAGUCCGACACACUUUAGCUCAGGCUGGAACAAGAAGUAGUAAUUGCAGAAGUUUUCAUUUGUAAUGCCCUUCUCUCCCCAGUUUCCAAGCAGAUGGAAGUAGCACAUGUCACAGGCUGAUCAUCUGGGUUAUCUCUCAUAGGCAGGACAGCAAGAUUGCUAGUGUAACAAUCAGUGAUCUGUAGGCUUGAUGCAUAACUCAGGUGUCACUCUCCGUGCCGGUAUUAUUGCCGCACCUUGGCCAUUCCACACCAUGGAACCUUGUCAUCAGGCCCUGGGCACUUGUAGCCUCUCAGGAGACCUGGCCCCGUUGGAGACAAGGAAAGCUGUGGUGUGGCUGCCACCAAACCUGCGGUCUUCCUGAUGAGUCCUGAUGAAACAGCCUUCCCUGCACUCCUGCUUCUUCCACUCUGCCCCUUGAUUGAGAAGUGAUUGGUUCACUGGGUGAUGGGGUUUUUAUAUUCUAGCUGCCAUCUUGAGGUUUCAAGCAUUUGGGGAUAGAGCAACUGUUAGCAUCUCUCUGGGCAGUCAGUAGAACUUACACGUUUUAGGAAAUUGUUGUAAGUAAUUCCCUUGGUUCCUUGAUCGCAGUCACUUGGAAUCUCUUUAUGUUGUCUCUUGAUCUACAUACUCCGCAGCAAGGGGACUGUGAUGACAAAUCACCUCCUCAGUUCUGGCUUCUAUGGAGACCAAACGGUUCUCAGAGUAAAGACUUGUACAGAUAUAUUUUUGUUUUAAUUUAUAUCCAUUUUCCUCCUUUUUAAAAAUUGGUAUUCAAGUCUUAUUUAGAAAACAGGAUAAAUGAUGUUUAUCAAAAGCUCCCUGAGUGUUCUCUUUCUUUUUUACCCUCCAUUCCCUCAUUGUUAGGAUCUUCUCUACAGUGAACCAAGGCCACAGUAAGCAGAGACCUCACCAUUGGUUUGUCCUUGAUGGUUUGUGCUGUGAGGGACAACUUCUCUUGCUUGAAUUGCCACUGGUGUGUGUCAUACCAUAUAAUGUGUUUAUCAGGUGCCCUGUGAUGCAAAUUUAUUUAGAUACAUUCAGAAUGCAUCUGCCAUCAAAAGUCUUUAAGGAAUUAAAAGAAAGAAAAAGAAAUCUGAUCAUCUUCCUUGUCCUCCUCAGUAGUAUGCCAAAGUGUCUUUUUAUUGUAAAGGAUUGUGUUGAUAGCCACUGGAAGCUGUGCAUUGAAGCAAUGACAAGUUGCCUUUUUUCUUUCCUUUCUGGUGUCACCUUUGUGCUUUGUAAAGUAACUAUUUAUUUGAAGACCAGGGCACGAACACCUUUGUGUUCUCUCUGUAAUGUUUGAGGAUAUUUGAGGUCAUGUUUAGACAUGGUCUUGACCUUACUGCUGCCUUCUCCUCAAUGUCUUUACAACCCUUAAUCAUGACCUUUUGAGAAUGGGGGAAAUGUGAGCAGACUCAAGACACACCAUAGUAAGUUAUAGUCCUAGUACCAGAUUUAAUUUUUAUUUAGUCACCCUAGAGGUGAAAAAGUGGUAGUUGAAUCAUUCUGACAGACCUCUGUGGUGACCGAGGGCAGAUAUCCUCUGUUAAUGAAUUGAGGUCCUUCUGUGAUGGACAGAUGCUUAACUAAAAAGGGAAUUAACUAAAAAGGGAAGCAGACUCUUGAGAUUUCUGAAAUAAGGGGCUGGUUUUCAGCCUGGCUGGCAUUCUUACUUUACAAGGUCUUUAUUCUUACAGUAGACCCCAGCACACGUGUUCAGCUGUGUCGUGCAAAUGGCCCUUUGAAAAAGGCUGUUCCAGACAGUUCUGACCAAGAACCUGUGUGUGUGGUUGGUUAGAGACAUCUUCCUCAAGUGUUCUAUCCAGUGUUUCCUCGGGAUGUGUCUCAAUAUUUAUUUUACCUCCACAUGGGGAUGUUCGUAUGUCCUCCCCUCUGUGUCCCUUUUUCCCCAAGCUAGUGUCCUGUUGUACAAUUUCCAGGAAGAUUUCUGUAGCCACACCAAAGGCAAAGUGUUUCUAUUCUUUUGGAUAUCAGUAUUUAAGGAUGUCUAACUACCUAACCUAAUUUUUACUUUAAACUUUUAACUAGGACAAGUGUAUGAUCCCAGAGGCUGAUCUGCAAAUCAAGAUGCACAUAUUUGUAUAUGAGACCCUGUGCUCAGGAUUGGGUGGCUUUUCUAAGAGAAAUAGGGAGUGGGGUGGAGUUGAUUGCAUUUUAUAACCUAACUCUUGGGGGGUCUAUUUUUAUAAUUUUUUUUUUUAACAUUUCCUUUCAGUCUUGAAUUUUUACUAAAUAAUUUCCUCCUUAUUAAAAAAGUUUGUUUCUCAUCUGAGAAUUAG